AUGAUCAUUGAUCAUAAUCCCAAAAAACACUCUUUAAAGUGGUUCUUUUACGAUUUGAAACGCAAAAUAUUGAAUUAUUGAACAAGAUGAAGUUGAUUGCUUCAAGUCUUUUCGUUGUGGCUUUGGCUUUGGCUGUUACCGGUGAAGUGGUUAAAGUGCCGAAAAGCUCUUUUAAGUCCACCGCUAUUAAAAAUGCCGAGACUGUGCUUCAAAAAUCGGAAUGGUUACAAGGAUGCAAGCAAAUGGAGGGACCCCAACAUCAUAUCGUAUUUUAUGACUCAGAUGAUGAAUCAGACUCAGAAUCGGAAGAAUUACAUGAAUUACAUGAUGUGGAUUGCAUCAUUAAGGUAAUUAAUGAUGUGAAUAAAUCGUUUGAAAACGCAAAAAAGAAAAAAAACUUCAACAACAACGCAUUUCAAGUAAAUAAGAGACAUUUUGAAGACAAUGCAGUAGAAUUGGCCAAAAUAUACAUUCACGAGUCAACCACAGCUGCUGAUAAGAAAAAAAUUGAAAAAGCCUGCAUGGAUACUUUCCAGAGCUUAGUUGUACAGUAUUUGUCAAAGUAGAAAGCCCAUUAACUUGAGGAGCAAAGGAUGGGUUACAUUGUUUAUUUAUUCAAAUGUCGAGAAAUAAUAUGACGCAUAAUUUAAAAUAGUACACCCUAAACACACAUUCACUUUGUUUCAUAAACUUACAAUUACUCAACAACAUACGUUGAAGUGUAUAAAUAAAGCUGUCAGCACACAGAAUA